CGAAAAAGUUAUCAACCGUUUCUUCUAUCUACGGCAGAAAAAAUGGCUGUGUAUCUGCGGCAGCCGUACUGCGCCUACCCCCUGUCCUUCCGCAACCAUAAAUCCACUGCCUUCCGCCCUCUAAUAAUCCCAAAUAAAUCACCCAUCCUUACUCAUCCCCUCAGAACUCACUGUUCACCACCGGGUGCCGCAUUGUCUCCCCUCACUUCCAUUUCGCACCUCAAACCCUACCUCAAAUCAGAGUGGCAACCGAUCCUCUACGGAUGGCUAUGCAGUUCGAUCUCUGUUUACUGUAUUUCCGAACUCGUCCCCGCUGUCGGGAAGCUCUCUGCCUUGAUUUCCCCAACGGACGGUAUAAUAAUUAUAAGGGAAAGAAGUUUGAUCUUAGGGGCUCUCUAUUUGGUCAGACUCGUUUCUAAUUACCUCCAACAGGAUUUCCUCUGGAUAGCCGCAUUGAGAUGUGCUUAUAAGGUUCGAGUUUUCGUGUUCCGGAAGGUUUUGGAAAGGGAUUUGGGAUUCUUUGAAGGCGAGAGUGCGGUUGCAUCUGGGGAUAUUGCAUACAGGAUCACUGCAGAGGCUUCUGAUGUUGCAGAUACCGUUUAUUCUCUCUUGAAUACAACCGUACCCUGCACCUUACAGCUGAUCGCAAUGGCAUCUCAGAUGCUGGCAAUCAGUCCUAGCCUAUCAUUACUUUCAGCGAUGGUUAUUCCACUAAUGGUUUAUGUCAUGGGAUACCUUGGUGAGAAGCUUCGGCAUAUAUCUAAUCAGGCACAUCUUACCAUUGCUGAUCUAUCUGCCUACCUCCAUGAGGUACUUCCAUCCAUUCUUUUUGUGAAGGCAAGUGAUGCAGAAAGUUAUGAAAGUUCUAGGUUUGAGUCUCUCGCCUCAGAUGAUCUAUCAGCAAGUUUGGGAAGGAAAAGAAUGAAGGCAUUUAUUCCACAGUUCGUGCAAGCUGUGUACUUCGGGAUCUUGUUUACAUUUUUUGCUAGCUCGCUGAUUAUUUCAAGAGGGUCUUUUGAUUGUUCUGCCAUGGUUUCUUUUGUAACAUCAUUGGUUUUGUUGAUUCAACCAAUUCAGGUGAUGGUAUUUACCAAUUUACCAAAUAAUUUGAAAUUUGUCUAUUUAAUCAUUGUGUGCUCUGUAUUGACAAAAACAUAUGGCUCAAUAUUGGUUCCUAAGGUUGCCUUGAAACACCUUUAUUUAACUAUCUUUGUGAAAAGUGAAGUGGCUGACUGGCUGCAUAUCUUUCAGCAUUUUUGUUGUUGUCAAUUGGCUUAUUAAAGUUUGGCUUAAUACUCCCUCCGUCCCACUAAGAUUGUCCCAGACACUAUUCACUUGGUCAACACAAAUCUCUUAAUUUCUUACUUUAUAUAUCAAAUUUUUAUCAUAUUCGAUUCUGGUUUUUUGCGAUUUUGUAAAGCUUUUAAUGUAGUUUCUCAAUAUGUAAUUUUUAUUUUCUAAAAAUAAUUUGACUACGAAUAGGGAUCUGUUUGCUUUAUCGUCGGUCAAGCCUCGCAAACCGAAUUGUCCCAAACAUAGUGGGACGGAGGACAUCGGAAGAGCAUACAAUGAGAUAAAACAAGGAGAGCCGGCUAUUCAGCGUUUAUUUAGUCUGACGAGUUUCAAAUCCAAGGUAAAUGAUCAUAAACAAGAUGUCGUGAACUUGGACUGCAUUGCUGGAGAAGUAAGCUUUUCUGAUAUAUCUUUUAGAUAUGGAGAGAGUGGACCCCUAAUUUUGGAAGGCUUGAAUUUUCAUGUUAAAGCUGGACAGACAGUUGCUCUUGUUGGACCAUCUGGAGGAGGAAAGACGACUAUUGUAAAACUCCUCCUUCGCCUCUAUGAUCCUUUUCAAGGUACCAUACAGGUAGAUGGGUAUGAUAUUAGAAAUAUUCAGCUGGAUAGUUUGAGGAGACAUGUGGGUCUUGUCUCUCAAGAUACUACACUCUUUUCUGGUACUCUUGCCGAGAACAUUGGGUAUAGGGAUCGAAUGACAGGUAUUGAUAUGGAUAGAGUUGAACUUGCAGCUAGAACUGCCAAUGCUGACGAAUUCAUUAGAAAACUACCCAAUGGGUAUCAAACUAACGUCGGCCCCCGGGGCUCUGCUUUUAGUGGUGGCCAGAAGCAAAGAAUAUCCAUUGCUAGAGCAAUUUACCAAGAUCCUUCCAUUCUAAUUCUGGAUGAAGCAACUUCUGCAUUAGACAGCAGAUCAGAGUUGAUGGUGAGGCAAGCUCUGCAACGUCUGAUGCAAAAUCGUACUGUGCUAAUCAUUGCCCACCGCUUAGAGACAGUGCUAAUGGCCGAACGAGUUUUCCAGUUGGACAAUGGCAGGCUGCAGGAGAUACCGCUCUCCUCACUCUUAGAUUCUCAACAAAGCAGUUUCCUGACUCUAGCAAUCUGAUGGGGUCUGCAGGAGUAUGUCAAGGAAUCCACGGAUAAACAUAGAUGUAAAUGAAGAAAAGAAAAUAAGAAAAGCAAAUUAUAUUUUUAUUAGAGCAGAAAAUUUAGUUUGGUGGCUGUAGAGUAGGAACAUGUUGGGCACAAUCCUUACAACUGGAGUUGUAUUGUGCUCAUCUUUCUUGGACAUUCAUUUUGGUUAUGCAUAUGCAGUCAUAAGAAGUGCACAAAUUCUUGAAAAUCAAGAUUGAAGUGGAAUAAACUAUUGGCUGGGAUGAUUAAAAAGGUUAUCAUGCAUGCACCUUGGAAAAUAUGGAUUAUCUUGGAUGAAAUCACACGUUAUUUGAUUAAAAAGAUUACCAAAUCUUUCGCGAGGCUUAUAGAGUGGUUGAUGUUCUUGCUGAAAGCUCACUUGCAGUCAUCUCCAAAGUUGUGUCAUUUUACUUUGCCAUGUGAUGCCCUAUACCAAUAUUAUAUUCCCCUGUGUAAUCCACAACUUCAAUACCCAAAAACUAUAUGAAAUGACGUCACUAGAAAUGCUUGGCAUGGCCGCAUGCAUCGGUGGUUAUUAAAAAGAGAUGAAAAACAGUGUCCAUUUCAGGCUGAUUACCUCAUGUUUUUUGUAGUGGUAUUAUGAGUAUCAUUGGUUUGUAACAUUAAAUACAAAUUGCAAAUGCGUUGCUUC